GGAGAAGUGAUCAUAAUCAGAACCAUGAAGUGCUGCACACAGUUUCUUGGGUUUGUUCUUGUAGCUCUUGUUCUGGAAGUGGGCUUGGCCCAGGACACUCCAAGGACGAUUGUCACUUCUGAUUUCUUCAAUACCCUCCUUCCUCAAGAUGGUUGUGAGGGAAAAGGCUUCUAUAACUAUGAUUCCUUCAUAUCCGCAGCAGAAAGUUUCAACGGCUUCGGCACCACCGGCGGCACCGAUGUUCAAAAGAGGGAGUUAGCUGCUUUCCUUGCUAAUGUCAUGCAUGAAACAGGAAGCUUCUGCUACAUAAACGAACAAAACCCAGGCAGCAUCUUCUGUGAUCAAAGCGUCUCGCAAUAUCCUUGUGCUCCAGGGAAAAGUUACUUCGGCAGAGGACCACUUCAGCUAUCAUGGAACUUCAACUAUGGUGCAGCUGGGCAGGCCAUUGGUUUUGAUGGCUUGAACAACCCAGAGAUCGUGGCCCAGGACGCAAACAUAUCUUUCAAGACUGCAGUGUGGUUCUGGAUGUCCAACAGCAACUGCCACCAAGGGAUCACAACAGGUAGUGGCUUUGGCUCCACCAUCAGAGCCAUUAACAGUGGUGAGUGCGGUGGAGGAAAUCCAGCAACAGUACAGUCGAGGAUCAACUUCUACCAGAGGUUCUGCCAGCAGUUCGGGGUAGACCCAGGCCAGAACCUCUACUGCUAGAAUUUGCCACCGCCCUCCUGCAUGCCAACGUUGCCCUUGAUCCAUCGUGCUAUUGGAUAUAUACCUCUACUAAUAUGCUUGUACUCAGAUAAAUAAGAUGUUAUUGACAUUGAGAUCAGUAAAAGUGAAGUUUCCUGCAUGCUCUCUCCCCUUCCCUUUCUCUCUCUUUUGAUCAUAUGUAAUCACGGGUGGAACCAGAAUGUUCUGGGUAAGGGGCCACUAGUUUAAAGGUUUUAAAU